GCCGAAAAAACUUGUGCGCUCCAACACAAGAAAAACAAACCUUGAUAGUUCUACAGGUAGCUUUCGGUUUAUUCCCUUUUUUGGGCGCUGACUGUUCUUCUCUUCUCUUCCCUCGCCUCUCUCUUUGCUCUUCAAGGCACUGUACUAUCUCUUCCUCGCAAAUCUCCUUCUUCCAAGCUUUAACAUCUCAUAUCAGAAUGGCAUUGCAAUCAGCAAGCAACCCAACUACCCCUAGUGCCCAAGUGGUUGGAAAUGCUUUUGUUGAACAGUAUUACCAUAUUCUUCACACCUCACCAGAAUUGGUUUAUAGAUUUUAUCAGGAUUCAAGUGUGCUCAGCCGGCCGGAUGCCAAUGGUGUGAUGACAUCAGUGGCAACCAUGCAAGGUAUCAAUGAAAAGAUACUUUCACUUAAUUUCAAGGACUAUAAGGCAGAAAUAAAAACAGCAGAUGCCCAAAAAUCUUAUAAAGAAGGGGUUACUGUGUUGGUAACUGGAUGCUUGAUGGGCCAGGACAACUUGAGAAGGAAAUUUUCCCAGUCAUUUUUUCUUGCACCACAGGACAAUGGGUAUUUUGUUCUGAAUGAUGUUUUCAGGUAUGUGGAAGACAAUGAACCAAUAGAGAAUCACCCGGUUAAUGGUAUUGAUAAUACACCAACAGUCCCCUCAAUCCCAGAUUCAGAGCCUUCUCAUGUUCCUGAUGCUCCUGCACCAGACCCAGCAACGUCAAUUGUGGAGCAAGAUAAAAAAGUUGAUGAGAAAGUUGAUGAUCCUGUGGAAACUGAGAAACAAUUAAUUUAUGAAAAGGAGGUGAUUGUGGAAUCUCAAUCUCAUUCUAAUGGGAACAAUGUUUCUGUUGUUGAAUCUGCUUCUUCUGUCACUCAAGAGGACAUUCCAAAGAAAUCUUAUGCAUCAAUUGUUAAAGUGGCAAGAGGGGGUUCAGCUCCAAUAAAAGUUUACGUGCCUACUGGUACUGCAAAAGUGACUCCUAAGAAACCUGAGAACCAGUCUGUGUCAGUAGCACCUGCCACAGAGCCUGAAGCAUCAGUACCAAGCAGCAAUGAAACCCCUGAAAGUAGCAAUGCUCAAGAGGAAGCUGAAGGCCACUCCAUUUAUAUCCGUAAUUUGCCGUACAACAUGAUGCCUGCUCAGCUUGAGGUGGAGUUCAAGAAAUUUGGACCAAUCAAGCAAGGAGGUGUCCAAGUCAGAUAUAAUAAGCAACAGGGAUACUGUUUUGGUUUUGUGGAAUUUCAUUCUUUGAGCUCCAUGAGGAGUGCUAUUCAGGCAUCACCCAUGACUGUUGGAGGGCAUCAAGUAGUUAUUGAGAUAAAGAGAACCACCACUCGAGCUGUGGAUGCAGUUGGUAGUAGUGGAAGAGGUAGGUUUCCUUCUGGAAAGGCAGGAUUUCACAGUGACAGCUUCAGGAGCCGUGCAAAUUUUGGUGGUGGCUGGGGUUAUGGCAGGAAUGAGUUUGGUAAUCGGGGUGAAUUUUCUGGUCGAGGCAGGAGUUCAAGUGGGAGGGGUGAAGGUUACCAGCAAGGGAGAGGGAGAGGUGGCCGGUCAAGUGGAGCAAAGCAUAACCACUAAUUCUGCAUGAAACCUAACACCUUGAUUUUUUGGCAGCAUAUUUUUGGUAUCCUUAGUGCGCAACACUUAAAGAGUCUGGGAUCUGCUUUAGGCAUAUUGAUUUGAGAAAUAACUUGUGGAUUCUGAAUUGGAGUAAUGUUGAGAUGAGAAGGCAUUAGCCACCGUUUUUAGGAUCUCUUUUAUAGAAUUAGGUUAGUUCCCCCUAUGAUUUGUUAGAAAUUUCUACGAUGAUUAAGGUGAUCUGUUAGAGAAACUCCUGUUGUUACUCUAGUGGGGAAGUUGCAAAGAUGUAAUCAUGGGUGAUCCCAGCCGUGCAAUGGAUUGAUCCAUUUGCAAGAAUGUCUUAGGAACUCAAAUCUAGAAAUGAAAUUAGUUUUUCUGUACAUGGCUA